UUCGAGGACAUUCGCAUCAAAGUACCUUGGGGUCACAUCGCUGGACGUUGGUAUGGCGACCGCAAUUUACGCCCCAUUCUCGCCAUUCAUGGCUGGUUGGACAACUUGGGAACUUGGGACACUUUGAUACCGCUUUUGCCGCAACAUAUUGGUAUUUUGUGCAUUGAUCUGCCCGGACAUGGAUACUCCUCGAAAUACCCCCCAGGGCUACCGUACCAUGCCAUGGAUUAUGUUAACGUAAUUAUUCGUGUAAUGAAGGAAUAUGAGUGGGAAAAAGUUUCGCUGUUGGCCCAUUCGCUUGGCUCGAUCAUAUCAUUCAC